AAUAACCCAUACUCCGCUGUCAACGUCAAGCGGAGUGUCAAGGAAGAAGGGAAAUAUGUAGUUUAUUUGUGUUUUUGUGUAUGUUAAAGAGUCUUUCAAGAUGGGGAUCCUCGUUGACAGUUCGAUAAUGAUAGGAUCCAUGCUGGUCUUCUUUAUUGGAGGAUGGGUAUGGUUUGUGAAAAAGAUAUUCCGUGACUAUGAAGUCCAUAACACGAUGGUCCAGCUUUUCUUCCCAAUGAUUUUUAUGCUGUCAUGCACCAUGUUCGAACUUAUAAUUUUUGAAAUUGCAGCUGUUCUUGAGUCAGGAUCUAGAUACCUUUACUGGCAAGUGGUCUUGUACUCCAUGCUCAUCAUGCUCAUUCUUGUCAUACCAUUCUACCUAUGUCACUUUGCUGUUUCAAAUAUCAGGAUGGUUCGUCGAGAAUGGGUGAGUGUACUGUCAGUGUUUACAUGGGGAGUGUUUAUGGUCUGCUUUUGGAAGAUCGGUGACCCAUUCCCCAUCCUUAGCACACAACAUGGCAUUCUCUCCAUAGAACAGAGUAUCAGUAGGAUUGGUGUUAUUGGAGUGACAGUAAUGGCUGCCUUAUCAGGAUUUGGUGCUGUCAACUACCCUUAUACUUCUAUGAAUAUCUUCAUGCGCCCUGUUACCAAGUAUGAUAUACAGGCACAGGAACGGCGCUUAUUGCAGACUAUUGAUGUUAUUGUUAGCAAAAAAAAGAGAAUAGCACUAGCAGAAAGAGAAAGACAGACAUCAAAGGUGGAAGUUGAUAGUGGGGCACGGUCAAGGAUUUGGGGCUUGUUACGCAGUGUCACCACCAGUAGUCCAGAAGGGGAGAGCAUUGCAGCAUUGAAACAGGAGGUUGCAGCCUUGGAGGAACUGUCUCGACAACUUUUUCUAGAGACUGUUGAACUGCAGGGCCAACGGGAGAGAUUAGAGUGGGCCAGCACAUUCCAGGGACGCUUUUUCAACUUUAUGGGUUAUUUUUUCUCGUUGUACUGCUCGUGGAAAAUUUUUAUU